ACUAGUGGACUACUGAACCUUUGGACUGGACAACAUGGCUCCCAGUGAAACAUCCACAGAGGGCAAUGCGACAAAUCAGAAUUGGAUAUCGUACAUGUCUGAACAGUUAUAUUCGGGAAUCAUCGAAGCCUGGGAGUCUGACAGACCCAAGUUUGGAAGCUUCUUCGAGCAGUUCCUCUUCCUGUUUUCUUGUGGGAUUCUGUGGCUCUGCUCUCCCGCCUACUUCGUGCUGCUGUGCAGAGAUAGGUACCAUGCUCUGCCCUGGACUUACGUUACGUAUUUUAAGCUGCUCGUAUUCAUGAUGUUGAGCGGAACAACGAUUUUAGAAUUCACGUCCGAAGUGAGUUUAGCCUUGAAUGGGUUGCAGCAGCCACUAAGUGACUUUGUGAUGCCAGUUGUUCUCCUUACGACAUAUUCACUGGAGUUCUUCAUGUUGACAGCGAGUCGAUCACGUGGCUGCAGGAGUAGUGCCUUACUUUGGUUUUUCUGGCUCAGCAUGGCGGUUUGUGGACUGCCAAAACUUUGCACUGUUGUUCUUGGAGCCAUUUCAAAGGAGGUCACCACUGAGAAUGUUACCGUAUAUGUGAUCCAGUACGUGGGUAUGGUAUUGCAGUUUAUCAUAAGCUGCUUUGCAGACAAUCCUCCAUUAUCUGAGGCCGAGGACCUUCACCCAUCACAAAAGGCCUCCUUUAUCAAUCAGAUUAGUUUCCACUGGUGCAGUAACCUUGUCUUGAAGGGCUGGAAGAAGCCUCUUGUGAUUGACAACUUGUGGCAGCUUCCGAGGAACUGUUCCUCGCGUUAUUGCCUCGGGUUAUGGAAUCAUGCUUGUGAAAGUUUUAACACAGGGACCAGCAUUAACAAAAAUGAGAGACUUCAUUGCCAGGAAGACAAAUUGCCAACACUUUGGAUCAUUGUGAGAGCAUAUUUUUGGCCCUUCAUGUACGCUAAUAUGCUGUAUCUUCUGUCUAAAGUGUUUGUACUAUUUAUGCCACAAAUGCUCAGUCUGCUGAUUGAUUUUGCCAGCAAUAAAAAUGAACCAACGUGGCACGGCUUUGUGUACUGUGGUGUCCUCCUGUUAGUUUCCAUGUUGACGACAGUGAUCAAGAAUCUGUUCUACUACAAAGACCAGAUAAUUAUGCUCCAAUUGAAGACGUCUCUCAUGGCUGCAGUUUACAGAAAGGCGAUGCGCCUUUCCACAUCCGCGAGAACCAGAUACACAAUUGGCGAGAUAACAAACCUGAUGUCUUUGGAUUCGCAGCGUGUUAGCGACACAGUCUUCUUCCUCAAUCACGUCUGGGGAGGACCAAUGAUCAUUUCCAUUGUCUUGUAUCUUCUGUGGCAGAUCUUAGGGCCUCCAGUUCUGGCAGGGGUAGGCAUCCUUGUUCUUUUGGUCCCUGUGAAUAGUGUAAUCGCGAACAAGAUUAAGGUUUUUCUGCUUCGCAAAAUGAAACUGCAGGACAAGAGAAUCAAGAUGCUGACGGAAAUUAUUAGCGGAAUCAAGGUUUUGAAGUUGUAUGCCUGGGAAGUGGCCUUUGAAAAACGAGUUGAGCUUGUACGGAAAGAGGAGAUAAUGAGCCUCGUAGGAAGGCCUACCCUGGAGGCUGCCGUGUCCUUCAUCUGGCUAACGACACCUUACCUGGUUGCCUUGUCAACUUUCACGACGUACCUGCUCGUUUCUGACAAAAACAUCUUGGAUGCUCAGACCGUUUUUGUCUCCAUCUCUCUCUACAACAUAAUGCAGUCUCCACUUCAACAGCUGCCAAGCGUUCUGGCACAAUGCAUACAGGCAAAGGUAUCUCUAGAGAGGCUGGAUAAUUUCUUUCAUGCAAGUGAAGUCGACUGCCUCGCCGUUCAAAAAGAUGACAGUACAACCUAUGCGGUUGCCGUGAAAGGUGGGAAUUUCAUGUGGGAUAGCGGAGAUUGCUUAGAUGGGUGGCAGCUGAAAAGUAUCGAUCUCGAGAUCGGUUACGGUCAGUUGGUGGCCGUUGUCGGUCCUGUCGGCGCUGGGAAAUCGUCUCUCAUCUCGGCCUUACUGGGAGACAUAAACAAACGGAGUGGGAGCGUCAUUAUGAAUGGAAAGGUUUCGUACAUUCCUCAACAACCUUGGCUUUGGAGUGGCAGUGCCAAGGAGAACAUAGUUUGGGGGUCGGAGCCAACAAAGAACUGGUACACGAGUGUCGUAAUGGCCUGCGCUCUUUCGGAAGACUUCGAUACCUUCGUAGCAGGAGAUCAGACUGAAAUUGGAGACAAGGGUGUCAAUCUCAGUGGCGGUCAGAGGCAGAGGGUCUGCAUCGCAAGAGCUGUGGCCUGCGAUGCCGACAUAAUCCUGCUUGACGAUUCACUCAGUGCUGUGGACUCGUCUGUUAGUCGACAGAUAUUUAAGAAUGUCAUCGGACCUCAAGGUCUACUGAAGGAGAAAACCAGGUUGUUUGUAACGCACUCCCUGUCACUGUUACAAGAAGUCGAUAUGAUUGUUGUGAUGCAGGAUGGUUGCAUUGUUGAGAAAGGCACUUACAUGCAACUUCUCGGAGAUGAAUUUUCUCAUUAUUUGAUACAGAAUGGCAGCGUCAGUUUCUCCGUUGGUACAGAAGUGAGUGGUCAGACCCAUCGGGCAUUGAGGGCCCCACCCUCCCACCAAGAGGGUCAAGACAAAAUUGGAUCUGAAGUGAGGAAAGAGGACACUUUGGACAUCGUGAAAGGUGGACAUUCCAGUUUUAUAACUCCAAAAAGAAGCCAGAGCGAUUUUAACCUUGGCAAGACAAUAACUCAGAUUGAGGAUGUCAACAUAGGGAAGGUGAAGUGGGACGUAUACUUAUAUUACGCCUCUUCUGUGGGUCUAGUGCUGUCUUUGAUUCCUCCGGUGGUCUUCUCAGUUGCACAGGCCUUCCAGGUUGGUGGCAACAUCUGGCUAUCUAAGUGGUCUGAUAACAAUAGUAUGAAUGUUGGGACGAACAAGCUUGGAUCCUCUCGUAUGGGAUUUCUGAUAGGCUACAGUAUGUUUGGUUUGGGACAAGCUGUGCUUUACUACAUAGGAUCCCUGUCAAUAUGGCUUGGAUGUUUACGAGCAGGAAUGCACCUACACCACAAACUCCUGACCAGUGUAUUGCAUCUGCCGAUGCUCUUUUUCGACUCAAACCCUGUUGGUCGAAUAAUGAACAGGUUCAACGCUGACAUAGGGGCUCUUGAUACACAACUUCCAAGUACUAUCAGCAGCAGCAUUGCGUGUUUGACUCAGGUGUUUGCAACAUUACUGGUGAUCAUUGGCUCCAAUCCAAUAGUUGCUGCUGUAGUCAUUCCUAUCAUGAUGUUUUACUACAGCAUUCACUCUGUUUACAUUCCAACGUCAAGACAGUUGAGACGCCUCCAAUCUGUGGCCAAGUCCCCAGUCUUUUCCCAUGUCAUUGAGAGCCUGCAAGGUGUUGUCACAAUCAGAGCUUUUGGGAAAGUAAACGUCAUGCAGGAGGAGCUACAUAAAAAGCAGGACAAUGCCAACAGAACCAGCUUGGCCAACGUAGCAUGUGAUCGUUGGUUAGAAUUCCGUCUUGAGUUCAUCGGAAACAUGAUCACUUUCGCAGCAGCCCUCUUUUCUGUAGCUAUGCGAGAUUCCCUGAGUCCAGGAAUUGUCGGUCUGUCUAUCACCUACGCUCUAAAUGUAACUGUAACGCUGAACUGGCUUGUCCGAAUGAGUUCAGCUGUGGCUGCAAAUAUUGUGUGCGUUGAGAGGAUCAAGCAGUAUGUGGAUGAGCCAACAGAGUCAACCUUCCAGAGUGUAGAACACCAUUCAGCUUCUCCUUGGUGGCCUCAGUGUGGUUUUGUGGCAUUCAAGGGAUAUUCCACUUGCUAUCGACCUGGCCUGAGCGAUGUUCUUCAUGACAUUAGUUUUUCUGUUUCACCAGGAGAGAAGGUUGGCAUCGUAGGGCGUACAGGCGCUGGGAAAUCAUCCCUAACCAUGGCCCUCUUUCGUAUCUUGGAAGGAAAUGAAGGUUCCAUUGAGAUAGAUGGAGUAAACAUUGCUACAAUGAGUCUGCAUGAUCUUCGUAGUCGCUUAACUGUUAUACCCCAGGAACCUGUGCUAUUUGGUGGAAAUCUGAGGGUCAACCUUGACCCUUCCAACAUAUAUAGAGAAGAGGAGUUGUGGAGAGCGCUUGACCUCUCUCACUUGGGAUCAUUUGUGAGGACGAUGCCAAAUAGGCUCGACACAGUUGUUGAUGAAAAUGGAUCAAAUUUGAGCAUAGGUCAGAAGCAGCUGGUCUGCCUAGCGAGGGCCCUUUUACGCAAGUCCAAGAUCCUGGUGUUAGAUGAAGCAACAGCAGCCGUUGACUUAGAAACUGACAACCUGAUCCAGGCAACCAUACGUUCCCAGUUCAAAGACUGCACCGUUCUGACUGUAGCUCAUCGCCUCAAUACGAUUAUGGACUGUGACAGGGUGAUGGUGCUGGAUCAAGGCCAGAUCGCUGAGUUUGACUCUCCGUCAGCCCUCUUGAAAAGUGUGGAUUCCUUGUUUUACAAGAUGGUCAAAGAUGCAGGGAUGAUCUGAACAUUGAUCGAUAGAUUUUGAUCUGUUUUAAAGUCAUGUUAUUUAUAGAUGAAUAAAAUGGUUAGAUAUC